AACCUCCAUCUCCAAUAUUCAAACAAUCAACAAAGAAUAAUGGCCAAAGUUCAUCCUCAAGAACAAGAAUCCACAACAUCUUCUCAGUCUCAUGAUGAUCAGUGUGUCAGUAAUAAGAGAGAAAGAUAUACAGUAUGGAUGAAAUCACUUGUUCUUCACUCAAAUGGUUGCACUGUGUAUGAUUCAAAUGGUAACAUAGUUUAUAGAGUUGACAACUAUGACAAAAAGGGUGGAAGAGAAGUUAAUCUCAUGAAUCUAAAAGGAAAUGUUAUCUGCACCAUCAGAAAAAGAUUACUAGCUCUUGGAUGUUGGGAAGGACACAAAUACUGCAACAAUUCCGAUUCUAGAAGUCAGGAGGAGCAACCAUGGUUUCAUGUUAAAAGAUAUCUCACAGGGAAAACAGCUUGCGGGAUUAAAGUUGGGUCCCAAAAUUUGUGCAUAGAAAAUAUCAGUAUUGGAAAAUCAUUUGGUUUUCGAAUAAUAAACAAAAACGGACAAAUCAUAGCAGAGGCAAAGCAAAAACAGUCUUCUUCAGGGAUUGUUCUGAGUAAUGAUGUUCUAACGUUGGAUUUGGAAGCUGGGACAGAUCAUUCUCUUAUAAUGGCUUUGAUUACAGUAUACGGACUCAUAUGCGGAAAAAUGUAGAUAUUAAUUUCAUAUAUGACAGAUCAUAUACUCAAAACAAUUCAUAUGUAGAACAUAUAUAGUGUAAAUUUUUGAAGAAUUGUAAUCAGUGUUAGGCACAAUUUUGUAUUAAAAAAUUAUAAGCAUCAUCAAGAUAUAUAUUUUUUUUACCGAAGCUUCAUCAGGAAUAAAUCAUGUCUUUUCUGUUAUGCUUUUCAACAUGUGCUAAUCUCUAUAACUUGGUUGUGCUAUUGUAUGCGGGGAAGACUUUUUGAAUGGUGAAGAUUUGUGCUGGAUCUCCAGUAACGGGAGAGGAUUCAGAUCUGAAUAUCAGGCAUUUAAUUAGUUUUGAGUAGAAUUGUUACUCAUUCACAAUUUAAUUACUACAAUACAUCUCUUAAGCAACUUGGUUAAAAUGAAUUUUAAAGUAAAGAUAGAUUUGAAAGGUUAACU